GGGAUGAGGCUCCACUGAGCCACUCUGGGCACGGCGGUAUCUUUGUCUCCCCUCUCCCAUUCUUUCCGGGCCUGGUUGGCAGAGCCGCGCCCAGGAAGGAGCUCAACUUAGAAUCAAACAUCUAAGAAGCUCUGAUGUCUGAGGAGCAGGGCCAUGUGGUCUUUGAGGAUGUGGCCAUAUAUUUCUCCCAGGAGGAGUGGCGGCAACUUGAUGAGGCUCAGAGAUUCCUGUACUGUGACGUGAUGCUGGAGAACUUGGCACUUUUGUCCUCACUAGGUUGUUGGGAUGGAGCCAAGGAUGAGGAAGCACCUUCUGAGCAAAGUGUUUCUGUAGGAGCAUCACAGGUCUGGAUCCCAAAGCCAGGUUUGUUUACUCAGAAGACUCAGCCUAGUGAGACAUGUGACCUGCUCUUGAAAGACAUUUUGCGCCUGGCCAAGCACAAUAGAGCACAAACAGAACAGAAGAUACAUACUUGUGAGGAAGAGCUUUACCAGUCCAAAAAGCAGAUAGGAGAUCCUUGUAGAAGGGACAGAUGGAGAGUUUCAUUUUUGAAGAACCACAGAGUUCACAUGGCAGAGAAGACGUCUGCAUGCAGGGAGGGUUGGAAGGAAUUGCCAGCCACCUCAGACCUUCUCCCACGCCAGGUCCCUUGUUGUGGGUGGAAGCCAGACAGGGAACCCAAGGGUGGGGGAGCCAGGCAACCUGGACACAGUGAUUGCAUGUGCAGUGAAUGUGGGAAAGCCUUCAAGUGCAAAUAUUCACUUGUUGAGCACCAGAAAAUCCACACAAGAGAAAGGCCUUAUGAGUGCAACAAAUGUGGGAAAUUCUUUAAGUACAAUGCCAACUUCGUAAAACAUCAGAGAACUCACAGUGGAGAAAGGACUUAUGAGUGUAGGGAGUGUGGAAAAUCUUUUCUGUACAACUAUAGACUCAUGAGACAUAAGAGAGUUCAUACUGGGGAAAGGCCUUAUGAGUGUGAAAUCUGUGGGAAAUUCUUUCGGUACAGCUCCACAUUCUUUAGACAUCAGAGAGUUCACACUGGAGAAAGGCCUUAUGCAUGUAAUGAAUGUGGGAAAUUCUUUAUGGACAGCUCCACGCUCAUUAAGCAUCAGAGAGUUCACACUGGAGAAAGGCCUUACACAUGCAGUGAGUGUGGGAAAUUCUUUAGGUACAACUCCACACUCAUUAGACAUCAGAGGCUUCACACAGGAGAAAGGCCUUAUGAGUGCAGCAUAUGUGGGGAAUUCUUUAGGUACAACUCCAACCUCAUUAAGCACUGGAGAAACCACACUGGAGAAAGACCCUAUAAGUGCAGCGAAUGUGGGAAAGCCUUUAGGUACCACUGCAGACUCAUUAGACACCAGAGAGUCCACACUGGAGAACGGCCUUAUGAAUGCAGUGAAUGUGGGAAAUUCUUUCGGUACAACUCCAACCUCAUUAAGCACUGGAGAAAUCACACUGGAGAAAGGCCUUAUGAGUGCACUAACUGUGGGAAGGCCUUUAGCCACAAACAUAUCCUUGUGGAGCACCAGAAAAUCCACACUGGAGAAAGACCUUUUGAGUGCAGUGAAUGUCGGAAGGCCUUCAUCAGAAAGUCCCACCUGACUCAUCAUCAGAAGGUCCACAGUGAGGAGAGGCUUGUGUGCUCCGAAUGUGGGGAAUUCUUUCGGUACAACUCCAGCUCCAUUAAACAUGAGCAAUUUCACAACGGAGAAAAUUUACCAUUGAUCAUUUCAAUUGGAGAGUUAAUGUGUUAUAAUUUCACAUUUUAAUACAAUGAACUUGUUUCAUUUUGCAGAAGUGAAACUGUUCUCGUUAAACAGGAUCCUUAUUCCUCUUCCCUACCGUCCCGGCUUCUAUGAUUCUGUAUCUGUGAAUUUGAUACCUGUUUGUCCAUUGUAUCAGUGCAAUAAUGCAGUAUGACUUUUGUGACAGGCUUAUUUCACUGUGGAUAACUUCCCAGAGGUUCACCUGUGCUGCAGCAUGUGUCAGAAAUCUCUCAGAGAAGCAAUGCUCCACUGUCUGUAUACCACAUUGCUUUAUUCGUUGAGUAACAGACACUUGGUUAUUAGGGAUGAUGCUGUUACGAAGAUGAGUGUAAAAAAGCUGUUUGAAACCCUGUUUUCAAGUCUUUGAUUCAUAUACAGAAAGAGAAAUAGGGGGUCAUGAAGUAACUUUUAGGAACAGUUUUCCAUAGUCCCUGCACUGAACCAUUUUCUAUUCCCUCAGACAGUACACAAAAGUUCCAGUCUGUCUUUGUCCUUGUCAGUGCUUCAUUUGGGUGUUUUUGACUUCUUUGUUUCUUGAGUGUGUGUGUAUGUGUACGUAUGUGUAUGUAUGUGUGUUUUGUGUGUGCGUGAAGCAUUUACCCUAUUGGUAUUAUGUGGGACACUGCAUUUUUCACUUUUAUAUGGUUAAUUACUAGUGUUGUAGGGCAUCUUUUCUUAUGCUUGUUAGGAGAAACCUUUUCAAGUCUUUCUCCCAUUUAAUGGGAUUAUUUAGUUUUUUUGUUGAAUUGGAAUUUUAAAAAGAUAUACUGGAUUUUAAUUCCCUAAGUACAUGAUUUUCAGUUUCUCUUUGCCCAUAGGUUGCCUUUAAUUCUGUUAUGCCCUUUGAUGAGACUUUUAUUUUUUUGAAGUCCAGUUUGCCCCUUUUUACCUAUGCUUUUCUUGUUAGAUCCAAGAAAUUACUGUCAAAUCCAGUGUCAUGAAGCAUUUUCCCUUUAUUCCAAGAAUUUCAUAUCCAUAGACCUUAGGUCUUGCUAUUUUGCCCAGGCUGCCCUCAAACUCCUGGGAUCAAGCAGUCCUCCUGCCUCAGCCUGCUGAGUGGUUGGGUCUACAGGAGUGCACUACUCUGCCUGGCUUCGGUUUAUUUUUGUUUAAGAUAUUUGCAAAACCACCAGCUUUGUGCUUUUGUAUGUGGAUAUCUAGCUUUCCAAGCAUCACUUAUUAAAAGACUGCCUUUCUUCUAUUGAAUAAUCUUGGUAUCCUUUUAAAAACCAUUUCACCAAAUAUGCUGGGAUUUAUUUCUGGACAUUAUUGGUCUUUAUAUGAUAGUACUACAAGUUAGAUAUAUACCUUUAAAAAAUACUAUCUUAAGUGCAUUUGGAUGUCUAGGCUAGAAGUAAUCUAUAUCUGCAACUAUACUUCCCUUAUUGGACUCUCACACUCUGAGUCACUAUGUGUCAGCCCAAAUUGUUCACAUUAGCCAGUCUCCUGGGAACCUGGGAAACAGCUAAGCAAUCCAGUUGCCUUAUAGAAGCUGCUUCUUCAACUUCAGGGUGCUAGUACCCUGCCCCCCCAGUGUAAGUCUGCACGGGGCCCUGUCAGUUCUUUCUUCUUUCCCAGCUGUAAAACUAGUUCUGUUGUUCAUAUAUCCACAUAUGUUAUUUCUUGCUACAAAAGAACUUUAUAUUUUAAAAAGCAACUCUACUCAGAUAUUAAAAGUGCAGUGGAGACCAGGUACUGUAUGGUUCACACCUGUAAUACUAACUACUUGGGAAGCAGAGAUAGGGAAGAUGGAGUUCACUCAAGGCGUAAAGUUCGAGAGACCCCAUCUCAACCAAUAAAAAUGUGGGCAUGGUGGCGCACACCAGCUUGAUGUGAAGAAUAAGUAGGAUUGCAGUCCAGGCUGGUCCAGGCAUAAUGUGAAACCCUAUAUCAAAAAAUAAAGCAAAAA